AUGUUGGCAUCUUUCAUCCUUUUCAGUGCUCUCGCAGGCCUAAGCACGGCGCAGAGCGCCAUCGUGAAUAACCACUGCGAUUCCACUGUUUAUGUGCAGUCUUUCCCGUACGAUGGCAGUGCCCCGGGGCCUCUGACCACCGUCAAGAAGGGAGAGACGUUCUCCGAAAAGUUCAGACCAUCAGGUUCUACCGUGAAAAUUGCCAAGCUCAAGACGCUUCAAAGCCCACUUUUCUUCGGCUAUUCAUUUUCAUCCAACCCGGACUACGCAUAUUACGAACUAAGUACGGAAUGGGGCAACCCAUUCGCAUCGCAGCCUAACUCACUCAGUCCCGGAGAGGGCUGUGAAGUGUUUGACUGCGCGGCCAAUGAUGCUUCGUGCUAUAGUACCCCAGCGCACAAGAAGGUCUACGGGUGCCCACAGCCAGUCGACCUGACUGCAGACUUGUGCCAGUAA